AUGCUAUCACUCCGCGACAGUGCCGACUCGGCCUCGGGCGACAACGCCCUCUCCGCCUUCAAAUUCUACUACUACCACCCGUCCCUCCCAGCCGCAAUCAUCUUCAUCAUCCUCUUCGGUCUCGCAACACUCGCACAUGGAGUCCAGAUGGUGAGGGCAAGGACAUGGUUCAUGGUUCCCUUUGUCAUCGGUGGGACCUUCGAGACGAUAGGCUAUAUAGGCCGCGCACUCUCCGCCGGCCAAAACCCGGGCCCCUAUACUCUAGGUCCGUAUAUCAUCCAAUCCCUCGUCAUCCUUGUCGCGCCCGCACUAUUCGCCGCAUCCAUCUACAUGCAACUCGGCCGGGUGGUAUUGCUUAUGCAGGGCGAACACGCUCUCUUCAUUCACCGGACAUGGUUGACGAAGAUUUUCGUCGGAGGCGAUGUUCUGAGUUUCCUUAUGCAGAGUUCUGGUGCCGGACUCAUGGCUUCUGGGAAUGGGGAUAGUAUCAACACGGGCAAGACUAUUGUGGUGGCUGGAUUGCUGACGCAGGUUGUUUUCUUUGGGCUUUUCGUGUUGGCUGCGGCGCUGUUUCAUGUUAGGAUGGAGAAGGUACCUACGAGGAAGAGUCUGGAGGUGCCGUGGUGGAGGAGGCAUAUGCUCGGGCUUUAUCUCGUCAGUAUUCUGAUUUUUGUCAGGAGUACUGUCAGGGUCGUGGAAUAUGUGCAGGGAUUCGAUGGGUUUAUUAUGACGCAUGAGGUGUUUUUGUAUGUAUUUGAUGCGGCGAUGAUGUGGGUGACCGUUGGGGUUAUGAGUUUUGUUCAUCCGGGGGAGGUGGCGAGGGAGCUCAGGCAGGGCAAAGCGGUACGGGUGGGAGUGGGGUUUGAGGAGGUGAAGGAUGGUGUUGAUAUGGGGAGGAUCGGUGCGUGA